AUGCACCCUACCCCAUGCUUUUGGUACACCCUCGCUACUGUCCCCCCUCUUAACUCCAGCAGUUACUUGCCCUCUCCUCUUGCACCUCCCUUAGCUACUGCAAUACGCCCGCCCCUACCCCUCAUACCCCCCCUAUCCUUCAUAACUGAUCAGAUCUCUCUCCUACGGAACCCCAACUCCUUGCACUGGACUCCUCGCCCACCCCUCACCCGCCGCCACUUUUCACUCCUUCGUGUCUCUUCCCCCCUCCCCACUCUUGUUUACACUACAUCUAAUUUUCCCCCUGCAGCCCCUCCUGCACCCAGCGCUCCUCUCCGCAUCACGUAG